GGGCGGUCCCAGGCUGAUGACGUAACGCUCGUUCGCGGGAGAAAUUUGAAAGUGGAUGUUGUGCCGAGAGUGGUUUGAGGUGGUAUAAAUACUUGAAUAACCACUGAUGGUUUCCUGGACCUUACUGGUUUACAAUUUCAGAAGAAACAAUGGAAAACCAAGAAUUUAUUGUCCUAUACACUCAUCAAAAGACAAAGAAGGCCAAAGUAUGGCGAGAUGGAACCCUGAAGCUCUGCCCCUCAGGAAAUAAGGCAGUUUUACAUGAUGACAAAGGAGCUUGCUUGGAAAGUCUAUUUCUGAAGUGCCUUGAGGUGAAACCUGGGGCUGACUUUGAAAGUGAUCGCUAUUUAAUCACAGUUGAGGAGGUGAAGGCCCCUGGAAGGCCAGUUGUUCAACAGGAAGUCAUUGAAGAAGCACCAGCAUGGGGUUCCAGGGGCUUCGUGUGCUCUGCUUGGUCUCGUGGGUGUCAGCCCCCCGGUUUAAAACGGAAAUCAACUGGUUUUCAAGGACCGCGUCAAGUCCCAAAGAAAAUGACUGUUACAGAAAACGGGGAAUCAUCUGGAUCAUUUGAGGCUGGCACUGCUUUUUUUCCUCCUUUCUGCAGCACACUGCCUUUGUUUUCUACUGUUGGCAGGAAGGAGAUAAAUGCUCUACAAACAGACCCCAAAAGUACUGUUGUUGUGCAAACCGGAGAGAGCCAGGGUCCAUUUCCUACCACCUCCUUUGAGGGGAGCCUGGGAGUGCCGGGGCAAGAGGAAGGUCUCUACGCUCCUCUCAGCUCUGGGUGUCAGCAUGCUGACCCUGCACUGGCCACAGAACCCUUGAGAGGACACAGCUCAAUCCCUCCAUGUCCGCAAGUCUCUCAGCAGCACAUGAGAAGCAAAGCGCAGAUCUUAGCUCUUCUGAAGUCCACGCCGGCAACCAUAUGUGAGGAACCAGAGGCUGAGCUGCCAAGAUGCUCUCUGCAGAUGCAGACCCCACCUGUGUGUGGAGUUGGCCUGGAGAGGUGCACCGAGGUGAUAGGCACAGAGGGUCCACACUGCCAGCAGCAGCCGGAAAAUGCUGUGGGAAGCAGAAGCCGCUGGGCCAUGUAUUUAUCCCCACUGAGUUCCCGGGCAGCUGCUUCUGCCACAGGUAGAGACGAUAUGGAAAGGCAACUGGCAGUGCAGGAAAAUGACAUGAAUUUAAAUUUGGAAGACCUUUUGGUACAAAAAAGGAUGCAGGCCUUUGGAACAUGUGCUGAAAAGGGCAAAAAGUAUCACGAAGAUGAGCCAGUGGACACUGAUGAGUAUGGGAAUCAGGAGGAAAAACUAGAAAUUCCUUCAUUUUGUGGAAGCAGCAGCUUGCUGGUGAGCUGUAGCAGUGUAGGAAAGGGUGGGUUACUCUUAGAGGCUGGUAUUUGUGAAAAUAAGUUAGCACAUUUUAGUGGAAAUGACCAGCGGUGCACUGGAGAAGCUGCAAGGGGGGUUAGUACACUUGGACCCCCAGGACAGGAAUGUCAGUUUGCAAUGUGGUCUCUGCCAGCCUCAAGACAUCUGCAGGCUGAGUCUUCCGUGAGUCAUGACAUCGUGGACAAGGUUUCAGAAAGUAACACUGUCAGUGAGAGUCUGGGUAGUGUCCAGGACCCUGGAGGGAAUGGAACACAGCCAUUUUUGGAGGUAACUUUUAAUCUGAGCAAUUUUGAGACCAGUGAUACGGAGGAGAACGCACAGGAAAGCAGCAUUUCCCAGGAUGCAGGGAUCUGGGUAAGAGGGGUUCUGGGUAAUGGCAAUUCAUGUAUUCAAAAGCCACGAGAAGGUCCAAGCUGUCAGGAAAUUAACAGUGAAACUUUGCCACACCUGAUGUCUGUUGGUGACAAGUGGACAGAGAAAUGUUUUGUUAAAGAGUCACUGUCGAAGUUUUGUGAUAAAACUUGUGUGGGUCUGGACAUGGGACCUUGUGAAGGUGGAAACACAGGAGAAGCAAUAGCAGAGGACAGCAUCAGUGCUGCACAGCAAUGUUCCAGCCCUUCCACAGCGGGCAGUGUUGAUGGAUAUGUAGAUAGCAAGGAAGAUGCUAACGGAUCUGUCCAAAACAUUGGAAGCCACUGUGAUUUUGCUUUACUCUCAAGUAAAUCUAAAGGAACAGAGGCAGAUUUACAUACUCCUGACUUUUUAAACAUAGUCACUAAUCAGACUUCUAAAAACAAUGACUUACUUUUCCAUAUACAAACUCUGCCUUUUAUUUUGGGAUGUGACUUAGAUAAAGAUGCUCAACAGGUUUUCCCACCAGUCUCUGAUGAUGAGAACAGUAUCCAAGGAUUAGAUAGCAGUCAGGAUCACUCAGAAUCUGCUGCACUUGGUAAGUCCAAUUUCCAAGUUUGUGAUUCUUUGCCUAACCCUCAGGAAACAAAGCAGUGUAUUUACAGAGACACCGAAGCUUAUAUUCCUGAAUGUGAGCAUUUGGGGAGGAGUCCAAGUCUGUUCUAUGACCAUAAUCAAAUACAAACUGCCAGAAAUGGCAGUCAGUCCUGGAACAAUCCUAGAAACUCUUCAGAACUCUCUGGAAUAGCCAAUAACAUUUCCUUUUUGAAGUCACUGUCUGGACCCAGUACCGCUUUAGAAAGCUUGGAAAUGCUGCAAAAGGGAAACAUAGCCUUUCCACAGCAAGGAGCUCUGCAGGCAGAAGAGCCAGAGGGCAGAACUGAAGUUAGGAAACCAUUUAUAAGAAUACCAUUUACUCCUCAUAUGAAGCGGGAUUCUCAACAGGUGGCUUCCCCAGAACAGAGCAUCUCUGCACUAAGCCCUGUUGUUACUUAUUCUUUGGACUCAAGGCGUGAAGACUUCAUGGUAGAAUUCUCUGAGAAGUCCCUGAGAGCAAGAACAUUACCUGGUAAACACUUUCCUGGCUGGGAGAGAAUUAAAAGAUUUAGUUCGCUGGAGAAUAAAGACUUCCGAAGGCUCCCGUUAGAGAGCAAAGCUCAGGUUCCCCAUGCUCCUUUGCCUACUGCUGAUGGGCCGCCGAGCUCCUUGCGCUCGUGGUCUGGGGUCAGCUGUGACCCGCAGGAGCCCACAGCCGGGCCCCCUCUGUCCAGCGAGGACAAACCUCCCCAGGCGCCUUCUCCGGGUAGCUGGGCACCCGAGGCCCGAAGCGCAGCUCCCUUCCUGGAGAAGCCCGGGAACCGGUCCUGGCGGAGCAGGUGGCUGAAAUUCCAGAGCCCGCCCCCGCGCGUCUCGGCUGCUGGGGCAGAGCCUGGGCAGCGCUCAAGGCAGGCGAGCGAGGCCCCCACAGACCGCGAGCAGGGCUGCGGCGGGCAGGGCUUGCAGGAGAUCAGUGGCUCCGAGUUGUGCUUCCCAAGCAGGCAGAAGUUGGAAUUUGCGCCUCUUCCCCGGCGGCGGAAUCGCGUGCCUGUGCUGUUUCAGUCAGCCUCCCACUAUCAGCAGACCUUCACGUCUUGCAUCAUAGAACAUCUGAACAUACUGUUGUUUGGAUCGGCACAGAGGCUGCACAGAGCUCUCUUGAAGGUUGAGGCUACGUCUUACACAUCACUGAAAGAAGAGAAGAUGAAGCCUGCGGAAGACAGCUUGCCAUCCUGCCACCACAGGCAACCUGCGAAACUCGUCCUGGCGAAGAAGGAGGGGCCGAAUCAGGGCCGUCUCUUCUACACAUGCGAUAGACCCAGAGCCGAGCAGUGCAAGUUUUUCAAGUGGCUGGAGGAGGUGACGCCAGGCCGACCCACACGGGAGGUGUCUCUGCCCAGUGUGGUUGUAAAUGACGUGAGGAGCAUUGGCUCGUACGUACGCAGUCAGAAGGUCCCGCUCUACGAGGAGUGCCAGCUUUUGGUCAGAAAAGGGUUUGACUUUCAGAGAAAACGGUAUGGCAAACCAAAGCAGUUUACUACUAUAAAUCCUGAAUGUUACAGUGAACCCAAAAGCAAACUGUAUCUUAAGCUGAGUCGGAAGGAAAGUUCUUCAACCUAUAGCAAAGAUGAUCUCUGGGUGAUUUCAAAAACCCUGGACUUUGAACUAGACACAUUCAUCGCAUGUAGCGCUUUCUUUGGCCCAUCUUCUGCCAACGAGGUGGAGCUUCUUCCUCUGAAAGGCUACAUCCCAUCCCGCUGGCCUACUGAUGUUGUAGUCCACGCACUGUGGGUUUGCAAUGCCAGCAGUGAGCUGACCACGCUGAGGAACAUCCAGGAGCACCUUGACCCGGACACACUGCCGCUCACGCCCCACCUGUUAGCAGUACCUGCGGCCCCGACGACGGUGUGCAGUCGGAGAGGGACAGCCGGUAAGAGAUUUCGGACGGUGCGGAUGCUGGCGGCCGAGGAGCCACGCGCCCCACCGGUCACCGUGAUCCGCGGUGUUUUUGGCGCGGGCAAGAGCUAUUUGCUAGCGGUGGUGGUCUUGCUCUUCGUACGCCUGUUUGAGCAGAGCGACACUGCUGCCGUAGGAAAUGUACAGCCGUGGAAACUUCUCAUCUCCUCCUCCACCAACGUCGCUGUGGACAGGGUGCUUCUGGGGCUUCUCAGUCUUGGAUUUGAAAAAUUUGUCAGGGUUGGGAGCAUUAGGAAGAUCGCCAAGCCAAUUUUGCCUUAUAGCCUGCAUGCUGGCUCAGAGAAUGAAAACGAGCAGCUAAAGGAGCUCCAGGCACUCAUGAAAGAGGACCUGACUCCUGCAGAGAGAGUGUGUGUGAGGAGGAGCAUAGAGCAGCACAAGCUGGGCACCACCAGGACCCUGCUGAGGGAGGUCCGCGUGGUGGGCGUGACGUGUGCCGCCUGCUGGCUGCCCUGCAUGAACGGCCUGACGUUCCCGGUGGUCGUGCUGGACGAGUGCAGCCAGAUGACUGAGCCCACCUCGCUGCUCCCCAUCGCUCGGUUUGAGUGUGAGAAGCUGAUUCUUGUUGGAGACCCUAAACAGCUGCCUCCUACAAUCCAGGGUUCUGAGGCAGCUCAUGAAAAUGGAUUGGAACAGACCCUUUUUGAUCGGCUUUGCUUAAUGGGUCACGAGCCAGUUCCAUUGAGAACCCAGUACCGCUGUCACCCUGCCAUCAGUGCCAUCGCUAAUGAUCUGUUCUACGGAGGAGACCUAAGGGAUGGUGUGUCGGAGGUGGAGAGGGGCCCCUUAGUGCCCUGGCUGCCCACCCUGUGUUUCUAUAAUGUCACAGGCCAGGAGCAGAUUGAAAGAGAUAACAGCUUUCAUAAUGUGGCCGAAGCUUCCUUUACACUCAAGCUGAUUCAAUCACUGAUCGCAAGUGGCAUUGCAGGCUCUAUGAUUGGGGUGAUAACAUUAUACAAAUCCCAGAUGUACAAGCUCUGUCGCUCCCUCAGCGCUGCGGACUUUAGCCACCCUGACUUGAAAACUGUGCAGGUGUCCACAGUGGACGCUUUCCAGGGGGCAGAAAAGGAGAUUAUUAUUCUGUCCUGUGUCAGGACGAGACACGUAGGGUUCAUUGACUCAGAAACACGAGUGAAUGUUGCAUUGACCCGAGGCCGGAGGCAUCUGCUGAUUGUGGGAAAUUUAGCCUGUCUGCGGAGAAAUGGCUUGUGGGGACGUGUGAUCCAACACUGUGAAGGAAGGGAAGAUGGGUUGCAGCAUGCUAGCCAGUGUGAGCCACAGCUGAACUGUUUCCUCAAAGAUUAUUUUGAAAAACAAGCGGAAGAAAAACAGAAGAAAAAGAAUGAAAAAGAGAAAUCUCAUUCACAAAAAGACACGGUCUAGGAACUGAUUUAUGUAAAUUCAGAUUUAUUUUACAUUGUAUAUUUUUUAUAUUUUUAUGACUCCAAAACAGUUGGUAUAGGUAAAAAAACUUCAUCCUAUGAUAUUUAAAUAAUGUACUAAAUAAAUUCAUUAAAAAAACUGGCUCUUCAAAAAGUAUGCGUUACUAUUAAGAUAGGCGGAUAUGUUGUUUGCAAAAGAAAUGAAUUUUACAAGGGGCAGGGGAAACCUUCCUAGGGAAUAAC